AUGGAUGACAUCUCCGCUCUAAAACCACACCCACCGCCGCCGAAUCUCCGCCGAAGAAACUCCAUCGCGGUGCCCGUCGUUGUGCCAUCAAAACUAAACCUUUUCGCCUUCGCCGCCACCAAGUCAUCUGGCGGCUCAGCUGCAUCGCCGCCAUUGGCUUUCGAGCUCUUCCCGAUUAAAUCCUCCUCCCACUCCCUUACCUACACUUCUCUCAGAGACAUUUUGCCAUCUUCGACUUCCAUGAGCUCCCCCACCGCCGCCUCUGCAGCGAAUUCGGGCUUUGAGAUCUCGAUCCGCAACCGCCUCGUGAAGCAAGCCGCGUGGGCGUAUCUUCAACCCAUGUCUUCCUCUCCGGGAUCAUCAGGACCCCACCUCCUCCGCCGUAUCUGGCUCAGAUUUUCAGCUUGUCUAGGCUUCCUCAACCUGCACAUAAUUUCUAGUGUGACAAAGGCUUUGGAUCGGAUAUUUCGCGUUGUGGGGUUCAGUUUUGUCUAUUAA